GCCCUGGCAUUAUUAAAUUUAAUACAUAGCAGGAGUAGCAAGAGCAGGAGCAGGAGCAGGAACAAGAGCAUAAGAGAGAAAGAUGGAUGACCCAACGGCGGAUCCAGACUUUGAGGAGGACGCAGAUUCUCCAGAGUAUCUGCUGCCACCUCAAAUUCCUGACACUCAGCCUCAGACAGAAUGUGUGCAGCGGCCGCCACCUCAAAAUCCCUCCACUGACCCCCAAACACAAUAUGUGCAGCCCCCGACAGCUCAAAAUCCCUACACUGCGCCUCAGACUCAAUAUCAUGUGCCUCAAAAUCCCUGCAAUGACCCUCAGAUUCAACAUGUGCAGCCACCACUGUCUCAAAAUCUGUAUGCUGAUCUUCAGGUACGAUACGUGCAGUCAUCAGCCUCUCAAGACCCCUACAUGGAGCCUCGAGAACAAUAUGUGCAGCGGCCGCCAUCCCAAAAUCCUCAUGAUGAACCUCAAGUACAGCAUGUGCAACGGCGGCCACAACAAAAUUUCCAUGCUGAACCUCAUCAUAUGCAGCACGUGCAGCCACCACAGCCUCAGGUACAGCAUGUGCAACGUCGGCCGCCACCACAAAAUCCCCAUGCUCAAUCUCAUGUACACUAUAUGCAAAAUCCCCACGCUGAACCUCAGGUACAAUAUGUGCAGCCGUUGCCGACUCAAAAUCCCCACGCUGAACCUCAGGUACAAUACGUGCAGCCGCCGCCUCGAAACCCCAACGUUCAGUUUGGAAAUGUUAUAUACGUUCAGGCACCGCCACAUGCUUCUCUUCAACAAGGCGGACAUAAUAUUCCUGCACUCUGGGCCUCUAGCCUAUACUCCUGCACGGAAGACCCUGCCAACUGUUGCCUCACAUUACUGUGCCCCUGCAUCACUUUCGGGCAGAUAGCGGAAAUAGUGGACGAGAAUUCUCCAUGCUGGAUGGUUGAACUUGUUGCAACAUGCAUUGUGAGCGGACGGAUCCAUGGGCUCCUUUGUUUGGCGGGGAUUGCGUUCUCAGCGUUCUUUGGUUUGCCUCUUUUUUGGGGAUUUGCAUGGUGCUAUUCAUGCACCCACCGAAACAAGAUGCGGGUCAAAUAUAACUUGGCAGAGACCCCCUGCGCAGAUUGUCUAGUCCAUUCUUUUGUGAGCCACGCGCGUUGUGCCAGGAAUAUAAAGAGCUCAAACAUAGAGGAUAUGACCCUGCUCUCGGUAAUGCAUUUGUAUGACCAGAUGUAAUUAUAAUAUUUGUUAUAAUAAUUGUUCUAAGAGGUCAAAGGAUUGAAUAGUAACUCACUGCUUAGAGGGGUUAUUAUUUCAUUCACAUGUUAAAAAAUACUGGUGAUAUCAUAAAUGGAUAC